AUGAGCACGUCUCCUGAUGUGUUCGACGGCCGUCCGCUGAUUGACGAAGACAUUCUGGCGUCGGACACGUCGCCUCUAGUCUCUGCCUGGGUGUACGACGAGAUGUUGGGCGAGAUGCCGGCUAAGGACGCCCAGGCGAAGAUGACGCGAAUCGAGCAGACGCUGUCCAAGGAUCAAUAUAUCAACUUUGUGGCUCGGUUUGGGCGCGCCGCCUUCGACACGUACAUGCACAGCGCUGUGUCCGGGCGGCUGGAGCUUAUUAAGAGAGCCUACGACAUCGCGAAACAAGCCAGCAAACUCAAGCCAGAAAACGCUGUCAUCCUCAAGCUGUGCACCAUGCUGAGCGCCACCUUGGCCGAGGCCGAACGCGACCCGAAGCGCCUCUAUGAAUUCAAGGAAUAUCUCGAAGCAGCCUGCAAAAUGAUGCCCAACGACCAUGUGCUUUUCCAUAUCCGCGGGCGAUUCGCCUACAACACGGCCAAGCUGUCCGAGGAUGAGUGCAAAUCGCUAAACGUGCCCAAAGCGACGUUCGAGCGGGCGCUCACCGAUCUGCUGCGCGCCAACGAGUUCGAGCCGACGGCCAUCGAUAAUCUGCUGUUCAUCGCCAAAUGCUAUGAGGGGCUCGGCGACUACGAGAAUAUGCGCCACUUCCUCGAGCAGAUCCUCGACCUGCAACCGAACAACCUCACCGACGAGGGCUACAUCGAAGAGGCGGAGAAGCUGCUCGACGCCCUGUCCGAGCCAGGAGAUUCC